AGAGCCAUGCUGAAAGGGGGCUCUCCAAAGGUGGGGCUGCCUAAGCCAGGGCUUCAGGAGAGGGCCAAGCAAGUCUCCCUCGCCCUCUCUACCACCACCUCCACCACAGCUACAGGCAUCAAGACAUCCAGGUCCUCCAACACCCUGGCCACAGACCUUCGCCUCAGCAGAGUGAGUUAUACCAGACAGGAUAGGAGAGUAACUUCACACCACUGAACACACCCUACAUCUCCUUAAUGAAUUGUGGGAGGUUGGAACUGGGGCAGGUGGGAGGGAAAUGGGGGAAUAUACCACCCCUUUACUUUGUCUAAGAGCAUCUCUGUCCAUUUGGAUAAUUGAUCAUGUUAAAUUCAAUUAGUCUACCUCUGCAUCUCCUGCAGACACUCUGACCUCGGUGGGGUGUCACAAAGGAUAGACUGACAACAUAUCUCAUUAUAGUACAGUAUGAGUGCUAUUACAAUUUCAUACUAGUAGAUUGUGUAGUUUACUAGUAGUUUUCCAAUUGGUAAGGUAAUCUGUGGUUUCCUAAUCCCUGACUGUAUGUAUAUUGAAUGUGUAUUUUAUAGCUGAAGAGAGCCAGUAGUGAUGACACCCUGGCCAAGCCUGCCCUGGGGGCAGCAGCCACAGGCUCCCGCAUGAAGAAGACUGUCACUACAGGGGCCAUCUCUGACCUGGCUGAUGCAAGACCUCGCAGCCUCUCA